CCUUAAAGUAACAUUUUUGCUUUUUAACACUUUAAAGACUUUAAAUUUAAAUUCACAUAUAGAAACAACUUAAUUUUCAUACAGUGUUUUUCAUAAAGUUGUCUUCAAAUCUGCUGAAGAUGCUUACUUUUUCAGAUAUAUUCAUAUAGAAUAGUUUGUGAAUAUAAGAGAUGCGGUGGGUAUUUAGACUUUGUAAAUGACUGAUUUAGCUUGUAUUCCUCUGGGUAUUUUUGUUUGUUCAUUUAUUUUCAAUAUGCCUUGGAAUCAUGAAUUUUCCCAGUCUUUCCCUCAUAAGCUCAUUUUGUAUCACACGUAAGUAUACUCAAUUCUUAUAUUCAAGACCAACUUGUUAUUGAAGCCUUGAUAGGCACCUAAUGCCAUACAUGUUAUCUGAGGCAUGUCUAGGAAAAUGAGGGAAGGAGCCUUAUCUCGGGUAUUUGGUCACAGGAAUCAUCUCCAUCAUCAGCUCAGUGCAGCACUCUCACACUACUCCUAGAUAUUUGGCCCAAAUUACUUGCAUAUUCAUGUUCCCUUUUAAUUUUAUGUUUCUCCUUCAUCAAUUGACCUUAAUGUAAACUGUAAAUUAAGUAUCUGGUGCUUGGGCGAGAAGAAUUUCAACUACAGGAGACAGGAGUCCUCCAAAAGAUGCCUUGAUUUGUCUGGAAGUCCUGAAAAAAUGUUUGAGUGUUCUGAGCAUCUAGGGAUAGUAUUAUGCUUAUGGAAUUUCAAACUGAGAAAAAAGACUUAAGAUAUUGUGCUUGAACUGGAGUUAAAUGGAUAAAAAGAACAUAAGGUGUUUGGCUGAGAGAGGGAGAUUGUUCCAUAUUUUUUACAUAGCGUGGAUUAGUUAGGAGCUGGUAACCAAGAUCUUGGAAAAUAAAAAGAAGGGUUGGCUUCGAAACUUGAUAUUAAGAAGGUUAUUUUGACUUAGAGGUAAUUAUAAAGUUCUGUUAAGGUGCAACAUAUGAGGAUAAACAUGAAACACCUUUACAUUUCAUGUUACUAAAUUCCUAUGGUAACCUGCUAGGCUAUACCUUUAUAUUCUCUUUAUGAAAGUUGAAAACACUAAUAAGUAUUGCCAUAAGUCUCCUUUUAAGUAACAAGGAAGAUUUUAUGGCAUUGGCAAUCCUUACCCUGAGUAUGCUUUAUAUAACUUUCAGCUCUCUUUCAGUUUCCUCUGAUAAAAGGAGGAAAUUUAUCCAAACAUCAGGUUGAACGUAAUACUGGGUGUCAUUUUGUGACUGUCAAAAUUUCUCCAUACCACUUGGUGGGGCUGUUUUCCCUCAUGCUCUUUGUUCUAAGUCUGGAGAGAAGACUUUGCCUUGUUCUUCCAGUGUGUACGUUGCCUCUAAAUAGAAAAAGACAAGCUUUUAAUCCGCCAUUACCGAAUUAAUGGCACUUCUAUAGGAUCCCAUCUUUAAGGAACCUUCCUGGGUUGUAAACACUGGGAAAAAAGACGCAUUCAAAACUCGGCCUGCCUAGUUCUCUACACACUGGUCCAACACUUCUGUCUGAAUACCGAAUCCCACUGAAUUUACAAAAGAUUCUGACUGCAGUUUUCUAAAGUCGACUCUGAGCGCCGCUAUUGGCCAACGCGCUACUAGAGGUGGAGCAGGCGAUCUACCCGGAUGAUUUUCUGCGCAGUCACAGAAGCAAGUCAGAAAUGAGAGUGACGCGGACUCGGCAAAUCUGAUUCCGGAAACGUACUGGGAAGUCCUCAGACUGGGAACAUUGAUUUUUUUACGUGCUGGAAGUAAAUAUUUUUAAAGCGAUUUGUAAAGCAUCUUUUCUUAACGUCCGAGGCUGCAGCGACCCGCGAGAAGAAUGGCAAAUAGCGCGAAACAAAGGAGCGGGAUCUGGCGGCGGCAAGUACUCUUUCUCUUCUUGCUGCCUUUGCUCUGCGGGGCCCUCUCGGAGCAGAUCCGCUACUCUAUUCCCGAAGAAAUGGCCAGGGGCUCAGUGGUGGGGAACCUGGCUGAGGACCUGGGGCUGCACGUACGGGACUUAUUGACCCGCAACCUCAGAGUUAGUGCGGAGAAACAAUACUUUACCGUGAACACAGACGACGGGAACAUACUCGUCAGUGACAGAAUAGAUCGGGAGUCGCUCUGUCCCCGAAAACCUCUUUGUGUCCUGCCCUUAGAGAUUGUAGCAGAGAAUCCCCUAAAUGUUUUUCACAUAAACGUGAUAAUAGAAGAUAUAAAUGACAAUCCACCACAUUUUCCCCAAGAUGGCUUUGUUUUACAAAUCAAUGAAUUAGCAAUUCGAGGCUCUCGGUUUGGCCUGGAAUCCGCUAUAGACGCAGAUGUAGGGCGCAACUCUCUCCAGAGUUACCGACUCAGCUCUAAUGAGCAUUUUUCUCUAAUGGUGAAAGACAAGACUAAAGGCAAGAACGCCCCAGAAUUGGUGUUGGAGAAGCCCCUGGACCGGGAGCAGCAGAGCUCCCACCUCCUGGUCCUAACAGCGGUGGACGGGGGCGACCCUGUACGAACUGGCACCACCGAAAUCCGGAUCGAGGUCACCGACGCCAACGAUAACCCCCCAGUGUUCAGCCAGGAUGAAUACAGAGUCAGCCUGCGUGAGAAUGUGCCCCCAGGCACCUCUGUGAUAAUGGUAACCGCCACCGACCAGGACGAGGGUGUCAACGCUGAGAUUACCUACUCUUUUAAAACUCUACGAGAUGAUGUUGGAAAUAUGUUUAUGUUAGACCAUCAAAGCGGAGAAAUCAAAUCCAGAGACCUUAUAGACUUCGAAAUCAGUAGCAGCUAUACUAUGAACAUAGAAGCCAAGGACGGAGGAGGCAUGGCCACUGAAUGUAAAAUUAUACUAGACAUUCUAGAUGAAAAUGACAAUGCCCCAGACGUGGUUUUCACUUCGGUAGCCAGUUCCAUUACAGAGGAUGCAGAACCUGGCACGGUGAUAGCUCUGUUCAAAACACAUGAUAAAGAUUCUGAGGAAAAUGGGGAGAUUACAUGCCUCAUUGAAGAAAACGUUCCUUUUAGAAUUGAAUCUUCCGCCAGUAACUACUACAAGCUUGUAACAGACGGGACCCUGGACCGGGAGCAAACCCCGGAGUACAACAUCACCAUUACGGCCACUGACAAGGGGAAGCCGCCCCUCUCCUCCAGUACAAGCGUCACUUUGCACGUCGCCGACGUCAACGACAACGCUCCGGUUUUCCACCAGGCCUCCUAUGUGGUCCACGUGGCCGAAAACAACCUUCCUGGCGCCUUCAUCGCUCAAGUCAGCGCCUCCGACUCGGACUUAGGGCCCAACAGCCGCAUCUCCUACUCUAUAGUGGCCAGUGAUCUGGAACCUCGGGCGCUGUCGUCCUACGUGUCUGUGAGCUCACAGAGCGGGGUGGUGUUCGCGCAACGCGCCUUCGACCAUGAGCAGCUACCUGCCUUCGAGCUGACGCUGCAGGCUUGUGACCAGGGCUCGCCCGCGCUCAGCGCCAACGUCAGCCUGCGCGUGUGGGUGGACGACCGCAACGACAACGCUCCCAGGGUGCUGUACCCGGCGCUGGGACCCGACGGCUCGGCGCUCUUCGACACGGUGCCACGGGCGGCGCAGCCGGGCUACCUGGUCACCAAGGUGGUGGCGGUGGACGCAGACUCGGGACACAACGCCUGGCUGUCCUACCACGUGCUGCAGGCCAGCGAGCCCGGGCUCUUCAGCCUCGGGAUGCCCACGGGCGAGGUGCGCACAGCGCGUGCAUUGGGCGACAGGGACGCAGCCCGCCAGCGCCUGCUGGUCGCAGUACGAGACGGAGGACAGCCACCCCUUUCAGCCACCGCCACGCUGUACCUAGUCUUCGCGGACAGCUCGCAAGAGGGGCUGCCAGACCUCCGCGAUCGCCCCGCACCAUCUGACCCCGAGGCUGAUCUGCAGUUCUAUCUGGUGGUGGCCUUGGCCUUGAUCUCUGUGUUCUUCCUCCUCGCGGUGAUUCUGGCCAUCGCUCUGCGCCUGAGACGCUCCUCCAGCCCCACCUGGAGCUGCUUUCAGCCUGGUCUCUGUUCUAGGACUGAACUGGGGGUUUCUCCCAACCUCAGCGAAGGAACACUGCCUUACUCCUACAAUCUGUACGUAGCCUCCGAUUCCGGAAAAACUAGGUGUAAUCUUCUCACCACGACGCCAGAAAUGGUCCCCCCACAAGACCUCUGUAAUGAAGCUUCUUUGGUAGUAAGUGUCAGUAAGGAGAAUAACAAGACGAACUCUCACUCUGUUGCUUCUAUUUAUAUGUUCAACUAACGUCUUUCACCUGCAAAUAUUUUGGUUUAAUUUCGAACCAAUAUCUGGUAAGAAAAUCUGAAACAGAUUAUAUCUACUCCCCUUCAAGUUCAUUUUUUCAGUAUCAAUAUUUUCUGUUUCUCUGUGGGCCACUAAAGUCAUUAAUAGUCAAGUAUUUUGAUAAUUUCAUGAGAUAUUCUUUAUCUACCCCAAAGGAUCUUCUUUACUGUGAGAAGUGGGUAUUGUGAUGCUGCCAACAUCCAAAUAUUUUUAACUGAAGCAUAAAUGUUUUCAUUCUGUGGCUGUUUAUCUUCUUUGGUACAUCAAUAUUUUGAGUAUAUAAGGCUUUUUUAAACUCUAUUUACUACCAAGUAAAGUGCAUGAGAAUUUUUUAAUACAGUAAGGGUAUGGUAAUGAUUCGAUAAUAAUGUUCAGGUACAUUUGCUAGGGAUUCUUUGAAUCCCACUAAGUAGGUCAAUUUUAGGCCAGAUCUUUUUAACAGCUGCCUGUAGACUCCCUCCCAAUUCUACAGAUAACACUUUAUACCUACCAAACGUGCCCACCCUCAGAAUAUAAAUAUAGAUGUUUACAUUCAUGAAAACAAAAUAGCCAGAUAUCUCUUAUGGAGAUUUUUUUCCCUAUAUUUUGAUGGACUUUCAAAUGCAUUAUCUGUAAAUCUCAGUAAUCGGAAUAGGUCUGUUACCCAGGAAAAGGUAAGUUUAUAAUAUUCUUUUGAUUACUAAUUUCCUUUUGCUAAAUUAUCUCCAAUACCAAACUUCAAAAAAAUUAAUGUGUUGGUAGAGUUUUGGAGUACUGCCCCUAUUUUCAGGCAAUGCAAGUUGAAAUGCUUCCACUUUGUUCUGAAACUGUUCACAUGUCUUCUUCACUUGACUUCCUGACAGGUUUGAUUCUGAUGAUGUAUACAAUUACAUUUCUCAUUUUCAGGUUUUCAUAUUAUUGUGAAAAUGUUUCUAAAUUAAGUGUUAAAUGUCAAGAACCUAAUCAAGUAGUACUUCCAUUAAAACAAAUUCAGGAUAUCUAUCAAAAUUUUUUGCUCCAAAUCAUAACUGAGCCAGAAAGUCUCAAGUAUUCUACUAUGUGAUUUAUCAAAAUGGGAACUACCUAGGGGAAAGUCCCAUGAUAGGUGUGUUGGGAUUGGUCUCAAACUAGGAGCUGUAACAUUAUAAGAUUAAAAUAACUGUUUAUAGAAACUUCAAAUUUGUUUACAAGCUCCUUGGAAAAAAUCAGAAUAUACCUGCAGCUACAAAAAAUAAUGUCAGGAAAGUAUCUGUAUGAAAAAUUUCAGGGAAAUAAAAAGAAGCUCCCCGAAGUUUCAACUAGAACAAAUACUGUGAUUUUUAGUAGACUCCACUUCCAUUCCUAUUAAAGAACAGUAGAUGGAGCUAUUUAAGGAAUAAAAAGCAAAAAUCCUUUCCCGGUGUUCAAGACUGUGUAGUAAUUGGUUAGGACUCUGGGCGCUUGCUGUUCACCAAUCAGAAAGAGAAAAGCAGAGGGGUACUGCUCACGGAGCACGCGCCUAAAGGACAAAGCACCGACAGACAGAAAAGGACUGUGAGGCAACUGAGCAGAGAAGCUCUGGCCCCCAACCCUCCUAAUCCAAGAACCGAAGAGCUGAUCUUGACGUCCGUGGUCAAGGGCGAAUUUGGAAAUAAUCCUUGAGGAACGUGAUAAUGAUUCCUUCGCAUCUGCACCAGGGCUACAAACGGCCGUCCUGCUGGGAGUCCUCUGGGGAUCCUGUGGGAAAGCGGGUGCUCCCAGAUCCGCUAUUCAGUCCUCUGAGGAGCUGGAGAAAGGCUCUAGUGUGGGUAAUAUCGUCAAAGAUCUGGGGCUGGAACCCCGGGAGCUGGCGGAGCGCGGAGUCCUCAUUGUUUCCAGAGGUAGGACGCAACUUUUCGCUGAGUCUGCAAAGUGGCAAGUUGAUCACGGCGGGCAGGAUAGACCGGGAGGAGCUCCGUACGGGGCCAUCAAAUGUUAAUUAAAUCUAGAGAUUCUCAUGGA